ACUUACGGAUGAGUUGGUGUUGUGCUUUAAACGUAGUUUUCAUUUUGUUUUAAUGCUUGCUAAUGAAAAGCGCGUUGAGAUUUAAGUAGGGUUUCUUCUGUAAGCUUCGUUUUCGUUUAUUAUGCAGCAUUAGAGCUUUAAAGGAAGCGAUCACUGAAGGCGUUAUUUGGAACCGGUAUCUUUAUACGGAAAUGAUACCGGAGUCCCAGUUUUUCUGCCCUGGGGCUGAUGUGGUGUCGAUGCUUUAGAUAAACAUUUUCAAAAGAAAAUUGCCAUUCUUAUAAAAAUAGUGAAUACGGCAUGUGUUUUUCAUGCGUUCUUUUUUUAGCAAUAUACCACGUGUAAGUGCGAUUUAAUUCUAACGGGCUACUUAAUGAAAAUACUACGAAAUAAACGGGUGCUGAUGCAACGGGACAAUCCGUCGUUGUUAAUUGCUUUCAAUGGGUAUUGAAGAGGGUUUUCGUUUCCCAAGGGAGAUUAGCGAUGUCCUGAUGCAGAAGUGGGGCUAGAAAGCGAAGACUUAGAUGGCCGCACUGGAACUUCUGUACAUCGACAAAGACGGCAGGGAAGCCGGUCUCGACCGGACUUUAGGUUCCCAUUGCCAUCAAUCAAGCAUUUCUGCUGGGGGGGCGACUAGGAAGCAGCAUCUGUUCAAUCCGUGUGAAAGAACAGCCGUCCGGGAAGGACAAUGUAAUUCAGCACCAAGGACGGCUCCCCGGGAUGGGGACGGAGUGUGCAGCCAGCGGCCGCGAGAGAAGGACACCCCAGUGUGCUGCGAUGGGGAGCUGGAGACUUCCUUCGCAUACGUGGACGAAAAUGUCAACCUGCAGCGGGCCAGUCCGCAACCGUCCGGGAAGAGACGGCACAGCGACGUCCGUCCGGAGCCUUUGCAGGAGCUCUCGCUGAUAUCCGACGACGAUCUGUCCUCCGAGAGCUCGGGCAAAGUGGACUACGGGCUCAUCAGCGCCGUGACUUUCCUGGUGACCGGCAUGUCGCUAGUAGCCAUUUCCUACGCCAUCCCUCGCGAAGUGCAGGCGGACCCGGACAGUGUGUCCGCUCGGGAGAUGGAGCGGCUGGAGACGGAGAGCGCCCGUGUCGGGGCGCACCUGGACAGGUGCGUGAUCGCGGGGCUCUGCCUCCUCACGCUGGGAGGCGCCGUCCUAUCCACGCUGCUCAUCAUCUCCAUGUGGAAAGGCGAGAUGUACAGCAGAAAGGUCUUGGCUUAUUCCAAGCAGUCGGCGAAACUGUACGGCUCAAUCAAUCUUAGGAUGAAAUCUAGCCCCGAUCAGACCUCCUCACCCCUUCCUGUGGAUGAAGACAACACUGAAUGUAUCGACUGAAAUGCGAGCUGGGGGACAUAAUUUUAUCUCUUCACUUACUAAAGAGUAAACCGUAAUGAGAAAAAAUGCUUGAUAACUGCAGCGAAAUUGCCCAUCGUGCAGUUCACCUAAUUUAAGUUAUUUGUAUCUCAUAUAAAAGCUCGUUAAAUAAAACAGCGUCAAUAAAAUGUUAAGUAGACGGCUGGGGUGAAGUUCAGUUUCAUUUUACUCGACUUUUAUUCAAUCAGUUGAAGUCAAAACGUGAGUUUAAU